AUGGAUUCAGAUCCAGUGCCUCCAUCGUCGUCGCCGGGAUUUGGAACCCCUGUGCAUCCUUUGCGAAAGAGCAAACAUAACCCACUUCCAAUGAUGACAUCCAUACUUCCAAUUUUGCUUCCGCCCUCAACCCUUCGACCUGUGGCUUUCCGCACUUUCACCCGGAAGCAUAACUUGACGAUAUCAUCUUCUGCACUCCAUACUCUAGCAACAUUUGUGGGUAAGAACUGUGGCUCGGGAUGGCGCGAAGAAGGGCUCGCAGAGCGGGUAUUAGAUGAAGUUGCUAAGAGUUGGAAAAGGGCUGGCGGUGGCGUUAUUGUUGAGGAGGGAAAAGGGGCAUCCUUGAAGGCCAUUCUGCGGACCAUGGAAGGGAACAUGAGUGGCGGUAGGGUUGCUAAUUGGAGGGCCAGUACAGCAGACGAAGGGUCAAUGAGCAUAACCAAUCAGAACAGCAGCGAUACUCAUUCUCUGGCAGCGCAGGACAUCAAAGGGCGAAAAGACACUGAGUUGUCGUUGUACCCAAGGUCCUGGAUUAAUGUCAUUGAAGCAUUCAGUAUCCCUCGGCUAACUUACAAUGCGGACAAGAAGUAUUUUGAAGUCGUGAAUUUUGACCCUAGUUUAUUCCCACCACCUUUGCGCAAUAUCAUGCUAUUCAGAGACCGAUAUAACAUUGUUUGCCAGCGUUUACUCCGGAAUGAAUCUUUCCAAACAUCGAUGGGGCUGUCAGAUGGACUUUCUUUACAUCAGCCAUCACCCUUUGCUACCAAACAAGGUUAUAGACUCACCCCCAUCGCAAACUUGCUUGGCAGAAGUGGUACCUCGCAUUUGCUACUUGGUUUACUCUCCGUCUCUCCUACAGGCGAUCUAUCUCUCAGUGAUUUGACGGGCAGCAUUUCAUUAGAAUUAAACCAUGCACGCAUGGUACCCGAAAAUGGUGCUUGGCUUGCCCCUGGUAUGAUUAUACUUGUCGAUGGGAUCUACGAAGAGGAAGAGAACAUCAAAGGGUCAAGUUUGGGUGGAAAUAGCGGAAUUGGAGGCGCCAUAGGAGGUAGAUUUGUGGGGGUUUCUAUCUGCGGCCCGCCUUGUGAACGGCGAGAGACGUCUUUUGGAAUGAAUGUUCGGGAAAGCAGAGGGGAAGUCAACUCUAGCGGAGGUCUCGGGUGGGUUGAUUUUUUGGGACUUGGAAGUGAGCGUGCACAAGGUUCACGCAUGAGGCAGAUCCAAGCUAGAUGCCUCGAGUAUAUGCGCGAUGGCUUCGAAAGCCCUUGUCGACUCAAGAUCGCCAUUAUGAGUGAGGUGAAUCUUGACGAUAUGAAGACUGUGGAUGCUCUCCGAAAACUUUUCAAUUUAUACAAUGAUUUGCCCCUUGCAGAGCGCCCGAUGGUCUUCAUCCUGAUUGGGAACUUCGUUCAGAAAACUACAAUCAAUGGCAGCGGCAAGGCAGGGAGCAUUGAGUACAAAGAAUAUUUUGACUCACUCGCGGGGGUUCUGUCCGAUUUUCCCUACUUGCUGCAGCAUUCUACUUUCAUAUUUGUACCCGGUGACAGUGACCCAUGGUCAUCUGCUUUUGCGGCUGGUGCUGCUUCCCCCGUUCCCCGCCCAGCGAUCCCUGGGCUGUUCACAUCGAGAGUGAAACGUGUAUUUGCGAUGGCAAAUUCUGAGCUAGAUCGGCCUCAGUCGUCUGGGCCAAUCGGCGAGGCUAUCUGGACCUCAAACCCGUCACGUCUCACUCUCUUCGGGCCGAUCCACGACAUCGCUAUAUUUCGGGAUGACAUCUCCGGGCGGCUGAGACGCAGUGCAGUGAAUAUAAAACAGGAUGUGGAUAACACUGGUGCUGCGACGGAAGAAGAUUUGAACCCUCAAGACCAAAUGAUAUCGGCUGCGCCUGAAGAUCGUACGGAGAAUCCAAGAACAGGCGUAAAUACCCUUCCAGCUCCCUCUGCAGUUCUCACGGCCCGGAAGCUUGUCAAGACGAUAUUAGAUCAAGGAACUCUGUCUCCUUUCCCUCUGUCGCUGCGACCUGUGCUCUGGGAUUAUGUAUCCUCGUUGCAACUGUAUCCACUUCCAACUGGCCUUAUUCUAGCAGACGCUGAGGCGGAACCAUUUUGCAUGACUUAUGAAGGAUGCCAUGUGAUGAACCCCGGAAAGCUGACUUCUGAGGGUGAGCUGUCUUGCAUGCGAUGGAUCGAAUAUGAUGUUCUGAAAAAUCGAGGCAAAGUAAGAGAGGAAAGUUACUAG